GCCUCGGCUGCCCGCACUUCGACAGUGACGCAGCAUGGUUGGAACCGGGAAGUCACGUGACUACCGUGGCCGCCACGCCCACACCGCAAAUCUGCUGAAAAAGUCUGCAGGUGUCGGAAGAAGAAGAAUCUCAUCCAUGACGAGCAGCGUCGACAUGAUGUCCAAGAAAAACCAGUUCCAAAAUACCGCGUUGGAGGCGGCGGCGGUGGACGUGUCCAUCAUCCGCAUCCCGCCCCACCACUACAUCCACGUGUUGGACCAGAACACCAACAUCGCCCGCGUGGAGAUCGGGCCGCUCACCUUCAUCCGGCAAGAUCACGAAAGGGUCCUCUUCUCGCCGGUGCGGAUGAUCACGGUGCCGCCGCGCCACUUCUGCGUGAUCCUCAACCCGGUGGCGUGCGGCGACGGCGGCCUCGUCCUCUUCGACGGGGCGGGCCAGGCCAAGCUGCGCCACGCCGACCUGGAGAUCCGCCUGUGCCGGGAUCCUUUCCCGCUGUACCCCGGAGAGGAGAUCCAGCAGGUGGUGACGCCGCUCCAGGUGGUCUAUCCCGACACGGCGCUGCGACUGCGGGCGCAGCUAGACUUCCAGGAGGAGGGCGGCAAGAGACGGGUCGCCGGGGACGAGUGGCUCUUCGAGGGACCAGGGACGUACAUCCCCAAGAAGGAAGUGGCCGUCCUGGAGACCAUCAAGGCCACGGUGAUCCGGGUGAACCAAGCCAUCAGACUGCGAGCUCGCAAGGAGGGAGUCGACCGCGGCGGCGUGUACCGCGUCACAGGGGAGGAGUGGCUGGUCAGCAAGGUGGGGGCGUACCUGCCGGACGCACACGAGGAAGUGCUGGACAUCGUCAACGCCUUCAUCCUGACCGACAAGAAAGCGCUGCACGUGCGCGCCCUGCGGGCCUUCAAGGACACGGGGGACCGCCAGCGGCGUACGGGCGACGAGUGGCUGGUGACCAACGACGACCACGAGGCGCACAUCCCCUCGGUGGCGGAGGAGGUGGUGGGCGUGGUGGAGGUGACCACGCUGAGCAGCCGCCAGUACUGCGUCAUCCUGGACCCGGUCGGACCCGACGGCAAACCUCAGCUGGGCCAGAAGAAGGUGGUGAAGGGGGAGCGCUCCUUCUUCCUGCAGCCUGGUGAGCGCCUGGAGCGCGGCAUCCAGGACGUCUACGUGCUGUCCGAGGAGGAAGGUCUGCUCCUGCGAGCCGUCCAGGCCUUCGCCGACACCGAGGAGGACGCCACCUUGCUUGUUUUACCUCAAAAACGAAAACGUGCUGAUGAGCGUGAGGUGGACGAGGACGAGGACGAGGACGAGGACCGGAGCAAGCGCCGGCGCCAAAGCGGCGUCUUUCGCCGUCCCGGCGACCGCUGGAUGCUGCGAGGCCCCGUGGAGUACGUGCCCCCCGCCACGGUGGAGGUGGUGAUGCGGCGACAGGCCAUCCCGCUGGACGAGAACGAGGGCAUCUACGUGCGGGACAUGAAGACGGGCAAGGUGCGAGCGGUCAUCGGGCAGACGUACAUGCUGAAUCAGGACGAGGAGAUGUGGCAGAAGGAACUUCCUCUCAACGUGGAGACGCUGCUGGCGUCCACCCGCGACCCUUUGGCGGACCGCUCGGACCGGGGCAAGAUGGCGGAGGGCAAAGCGAGGACCAAGACGCUGGUGGUGUCCUACAGAGUCCCCCACAAUGCGGCGGUGCAGGUUUACGACUACCGGGAGAAGAGGGCCAGGGUGGUGUUUGGACCGGAGCGCGUGAUGCUGGGUCCUGACGAGCAGUUCACCGUGCUGUCGCUGUCGGGGGAUCGACCCAAGCGAGGCAACGUGAUCAAGGCCAUCUGUCUGCUGCUGGGCCCCGACUUCUUCACCGACAUCAUCACCAUCGAGACCGCCGACCACGCCCGCCUGCAGCUGCAGCUCUCCUACAACUGGCACUUUGACGUCAAGCCGCCUGUCGACGCCACCGAAUCCGCCGCGCUGUUUUCCGUGCCCGACUUUGUGGGCGACGCCUGCAAGGCCAUCGCGUCGCGGGUCCGAGGCGCAGUGGCGUCUGUGCAGUUUGACGACUUCCACAAGAACUCCAACCGCAUCAUCUGCUCGGCCGUGUUCGGCUUCGACGAGAAGCUGGCGGUGCGCCCGAGUCUCCGCUUCCCUCAGAACCGCCUGGUCAUCAGCAGCGUGGACAUCCAGUCUGUGGAGCCCGUGGACCAGAGGACACGAGACUCCCUGCAGAAGAGCGUCCAGCUCGCCAUCGAGAUCACCACCAACUCCCAGGAGGCCGCCGCACGUCACGAGGCGGAGCGUCUGGAGCAGGAGGCGCGAGGCCGGCUGGAGAGACAGAAGAUCAUGGACCAGGCAGAAGCUGAGAGAGCCAGGAAGGAACUUCUAGAGCUGGAGGCUCUCAGCGCGGCCGUGGAGAGCACGGGCGCCGCCAAGGCGGAGGCUCAGUCCCGGGCGGAGGCGGCGCGUAUCCAAGGCGAGGCGGCGGUCCACGAGGCCAAACUGAAGGUGGAGGCGCAGACCAUCGAGGCGGAGGCGGAGCUAGAGCGUUUGGCGAAGGCUCGCCAGCAGGAGCUGAGCUACAAGAAGCAGAUGGACCAGCUGGACGUGGACAAGCAGGAGCGUCUGGCCAACAUGGAGAGCGAGCGCUUCAGCCAGCUGGUGGCCAGCCUGGGCAGCGACACGCUGAAGGAGAUGGCGAGGGCCGGCCCCGAGCUGCAGGUGAAGUUGCUGCAGGCCCUCGGCCUCAAGUCCACCCUCAUCACGGACGGCGUGUCGCCCAUCAACCUCUUCACCACCGCCAACGGCCUGCUGGGGGCGCUGCCUGCACCCGCACAGUGACGCCACAGGGAGGAGCGUCCAUGUAUCGAGCACACCUAGGAUAGAUGCAUGUACACAACUACAUGACAUCAUCUAGAUCUACAUGACGUCAUCUAGAUCUAGAUGAUGUCAUCUAGAUGAUAUGUCCUGUAGAACUAGAUGAUAUGUCCUAUUGAUCUACAUGACAUCAUCUACAUCUAGAUGACGUCAUGUAGAUCUAGAUGACGUCAUGUAGAUCUAGAUGACGUCACGUAGAUCUAGAUGACGUCAUGUAGAUCUAGAUGACGUCAUGUAGAUCUAGAUGAUAUUUGGUAUAAUUGUGAUGAUGCAUCUGCUUGAAGG